AUGCAGAUCUCUUGGGCUGUGUGCGCUGUCUGUGUCUUGGCACAAAUCGCAUUUCGAUCUGUGGAAGGCUGGCAGGUGUUUAAAAAUGAUGCUACAGAAAUCAUUCCUGAAAUCACUGAGAAUACAGAGACACCGAUGGAGCAGACUUUCAGCAACAACAACAACACAAUGAAUCAGGCAAAACAUGGAGGAAGACACAUACAGCAAGCUCCAGACCCUAACGAUGCUUCUGACUUCAGCUGCAGGGAGAUGAGAACCACCCGCUAUGUCACGGAGGGGCCCUGCCGCAGUGUCAAGCCCGUCAAGGAGCUCGUCUGCUCCGGCCAGUGCGUCCCCUCUCACCUCCUCCCCAACUCCAUCGGCAGGGGGAAGUGGUGGCGGCAGAACGCCCUGGAUUAUCGCUGCAUCCCCGCCCACACCCGCACCCACCGCAUCCAGAUGUCCUGCCCCGAGGAAGAGACUCGGACUUACAAAUUCCGAGCCGUCACCUCCUGCAAGUGCAAGCGCUACACCCGCUACCACAACCAGUCGGAGCUGAAGGACUUCGGGAAGGACAAUGUCAGGCCUCAGAAGAACAAGAAGCCCCAUCUGUCCAGAGCCAGGAGCGGCAAAUCUAACCAGCACGAGUUAGAAAAUGCUUAUUAGGAGGUGGCUCUGGGUGACACAGACUAGCAGCUCUGGAUACUUUGCAAAACCGUCCAAAGGCACUCAGAGGCCACAGCAUGACGUUCUGACUGCAGUAGGUUCCAAGUCCUUCUGCUAAGCUGGGUCAAAUGCUCACAUAGGCAAAAAAAGUCUUUCAGAUUAUAGCACUUAUGGUCUGAUAAGAAAAUGAGAUAAACCAAGCUGGAGGUAGCAACCUCUUAAUUCAGUCUGAAAGGAGAGGUGCGGGUGGGAGAAUCACACGAGGUUGUGUGGCUUGUAUGAGCAGGCAGGCAGAGGAAAGGGAAGCAGUUAUGGUGACAAUCAGGCUUUGCUAGAAAUCAUUCCACUCACUUCAAGUGAAAAGAGCAUUGAGAUCCCUUUCCCACACAAGUGCCGUGAUGCAGGACAAGCAUCCAAUUAGGGAAGCAUCAGGAGAGUUCACCCUCUCUGGAAAAGCUGUAGAAAGUUAGGUAUAGCAGGAAUUUCAAUAGUUAUGGUGACUGAAGUCAAAUUGUUGGGAAAUGAACAUUCUGUCAGAUGUCCCCACGUACCAGAAGUUUCCUCCAAAACACAAAAAUCAAAACACAAGUAAAAGCGUGACAAAUCUAUUUCACACCUUUACCCUAAAGACUGUAGGAUCAGCAGAUUCAAAACUGAGAUUUGGCAACUAAAACUAUAUUUGAUUUAGAAACAGCAGCUUGGUUUAGGAACAAUUCAACAAAUUCUACUAGGUGAAGCAGAUUCAUGAAAUGCAUGGUCCUCUCAAACCAGAUAACCUCACUGAUGUCUGUCCUGUAAACAGCUAGAGAUGUGCAGAGUUUAACAUAAAAGAUACUGAUUAUUCCUGAUUUCCUAGAACACAUUUGACUUCAGUAUCAGCUUAGA